GACAAGACUAAACCGGUUCCUAAGUCUACAGAAGGCCGGUUUCAGCUGGCGUGUUGCCUUGGAGACAGCACCUCUAUAAAUACGGUCGUAUCGAAACGUUAGCUUCAACUUUCCAGUUGUAAUUCAGUUAGAGCGCGCUACACAGUUUCGUGACAGACUCGACUGACGAGGAAAAACCGAGUCAUAUUUUCCAGGAUUCUGGUCUAAUGGACACACUCUUUGUAAAUGCUUUUUAAGAAUACUCGCUUUAGGAAAGCGCACACUGGCUACUCUGCAGGCCCCGGCCUAGAGUCUUACCUGAAAGGCUUCAACUUCACUGGUGAACCACCUUGGCUGCUCUGCACCUGAUUAAACUACUUUGCCAAAUUCCAUCUCUUUCUUGUCCAAUUCUUUUGUGACAGUCUUUAAAUAUUUUCUUCGACCAUGAACACUUUUGCUCCUGAUUUUGCCUUCCUGGAGGAGGGUUUCUGUGCCCGUGACAUUGUUGAGCAAAAAAUCAACGAGACAUCCAUGUCUGAUGAUAAGGAUGCCUUCUACGUGUGCGACUUGGGUGACGUGCUGAAGAAGCACAUGCGAUGGGCGCGUGCCAUGCCUCGCGUCACGCCCUUCUAUGCUGUCAAAUGCAACGACAGUCGGGCUGUUGUCACGACCCUGGCUUCCUUGAACGCUGGCUUUGACUGUGCAAGCAAGACUGAGAUCCAGAUCGUUCAGUCUCUGGGUGUGGAUGCUAACAGGAUCAUCUACGCCAACCCCUGCAAGCAGGUGUCCCAGAUCAAGUAUGCCUCUGCCCACGGAGUGCAGAUGAUGACCUUCGACAGUGAUGUGGAGCUCAUGAAGGUUGCUCGGUACCACGACGAUGCAAAACUGGUACUGCGCAUUGCCACAGAUGAUUCCAAGGCAGUGUGCCGGCUGAGUGUGAAGUUUGGUGCCACCCUGAAGGCCUGCCGGGGUCUCCUGGAGCGGGCUAAGGAGCUGGGCCUGGAUGUUAUCGGGGUCAGCUUCCACGUGGGCAGCGGCUGCACUGACCCAGACACCUUCAGCCAGGCCAUCUCUGACGCACGCUGUGUCUUCGACAUGGGGGCUGAGGUGGGAUUCAACAUGACCCUCCUGGACAUUGGUGGCGGUUUUCCUGGGUCUGAGGACGCCAAGCUCAAGUUUGAGGAGAUCACAGCAGUUAUCAACCCAGCGCUGGACAAGUAUUUUCCUGCCGACUCUGGGAUCCGGAUCAUAGCCGAACCAGGCCGCUACUACGUGGCCUCUGCCUACACCCUAGCUGUUAACAUCAUUGCCAAGAAGGUUAUCAUGAACGAGCAGUCUGCCUCUGACGAGGAUGACGAUUGGACUAGUGACCGGACUCUGAUGUACUAUGUGAACGAUGGGGUCUACGGCUCCUUCAACUGUAUUCUAUAUGACCAUGCUCACCCCCUGCCUACCCUGCACAAGAAGCCAAAACCAGAUGAGCGUAUGUACCCCUGCAGCAUCUGGGGACCAACCUGCGAUGGCCUGGACCGCAUCGCUGAGAUGUGCACCUUGCCUGACAUGCAGGUGGGAGAGUGGCUGCUGUUUGAGAACAUGGGUGCCUACACUGUGGCUGCCUCCUCUACCUUCAACGGCUUCCAGAAGCCAGACAUCUAUUACACUAUGUCCCGCACAGCUUGGCAGUGCAUGCAGCAGAUCUGUGCCCAGGGGAUGCCCACUCCUUUGGAGGAUAUGUCCUGUGUGACAUCCAGCUGUGGCCAUGAGAGCAGCCUGGAGCUGCCCACCAAGCCUUGCCAGACCCGUGUGCUCUAAACACAACACCAACAUAAUCUCAUACAUACCCACCACCACACUGCCACUCUACGGGGCCAGUAGCCUGUGUUAAUUUCCUAUUCAUUUUUUUUUUUUUACUCAUACCAUUGAAAGGCCAGUUACUUGACUGGAGAAUGAGGGGCAUGUUGGUGCACAUUUCUUUCUUUUCUGUAUGAAAGACAGAUCUAAUCCUGAGCUGAGGCUGAAUCUCUCUGUCUCAGAGGGUUGUAGUCCUAUUGUUACAGGGGUCUGAUUGGCUAAUGCCUAUAACACCAAGGUUGAAUGUUCAUUUAUUGUAGGGGCCACAGGAUGCCUUCAUUUGCACUGAGCUAAGUCGCUCUAAAUGAGAGCACUUGUAACAUUGACAUUGUCAUUUUACAUGGCGGUGUCGUGGGUGGUUUUUCUCUCCAACUCCUAGAAGGGUCCAUUUCAGUUGAUUCCACUACCACAUCUCAUGACUCAAAGGGCUGUUUGAGUGCUGAUUACUUUGCCAGGUAAUGGCUGCUACAGAUGUUUAAUUUUCUCUGAAUCCUCUUUCACACCGACCCCUUUCGGUGUAGGGACUCAACAUGCAGACUGUCCCUUCUCCUUUUCUGUAUUUAAUAUUUUUUUUGUUUGUUGCUGGGUAGUAAAUCAGUUAAUGAUAGUUAUUCAUGUUUAAGAUGCAUUUUUUUUUAAACGGAUACGAAAGAUGGGAUUGCACAUUUGUAUUGCUUUCCUAUGGAAACUUUCAAUUUUGUAAUAAAAAAAGAUAAAUAAAACGUAGGUGCAGAGCUGAA